GGAAUCGCCCAAUGCUUCGCGAAUUAAAAAUUUGGAUGAAUGAAUCGAGUCACGAACGUCACCGUCAUAUGUGACAAUCAUACCGGUACUAGUAAUUCAUUUCAUUCGUUCGAUCUCUGACACCAAGAUCUUUCAAGAACUCUACCGGAGAACACCUAUCGAUGCUGCCACCAAACACAGCAAAAUCACAGAGAAUUGUAUUAUUAUUAAUAUCGACUUCAAUCAUUUGACUUUGAAACCAUACUCAUAUAAGAUGAGGUUGAUUGAGUCAAUUGGAUUUCAACUUCUUUCUGUCGUUUUGAGGUGCGGAUUUCCUCUGGCUAUUGAUGCAUUUGUUCUGAUUACUCCCCCUUCAUCAGUAGCGGAUCCGAGAAGUAAUGGUGGAUGCAUCAGAAAAGACCGACGAUCAGAACACAGGAAUGUCGUGAAAGCGACAAUCGAGAACUCAGAUGGCUCAUUCGAAACACCCCCGCCUCGAUGGAAUUGUCCAAUCCACGAGGAUGUUUGUUCAGAGAGCGGUGUGACGUUGAGUAGAUACAUGAAAGAAAUGGUCAGAGCGAAUCCUGAUUUGGAGGAGAUCGAAAGCAGUACGUUGUGAUGGAUUCGACUUGUACUGUUUUCUAUGUACUUGUUAGAAAAGUUGUUUGUAAGUCCUCAACCUCUGCUUCUUUGCCAAUUUCCUCAAGUCUUCACUUCUCUUCAGGUGGCAUGUAAAACAUUGAGCAACUUGGUGAAAACAAGCGCAAUUUCCGGUCUCACCGGGCUUGAAGAUGGAGGUGGGUCCAUCAAUGUACAGGGGGAAGAGCAAAAAAAGCUCGAUGUUAUAGCAAAUGAUAUUCUCAAACGCGCGCUCAGGUGGAGUGGCGAGCUAGCGACUAUUGCUAGCGAAGAGGAAGACAAACCAGUCAAUGUAAUGGGCGAUGCCAUUUUCUCCGGUGAUAUUCUUGUCGAAAAUAGUGGCAGAUAUGUCGCUGUGUUUGACCCCUUGGAUGGAUCGUCAAACGUUGAUGCCGGCAUACCUGUUGGCACAAUUUUCGGCAUUUUCGAUUCAGCAGAGUGUUCUAUUGAAGACAUUGACUUGACCGACGGUAUCGACAAAGCGGAAGAAAAAUGUUUACAAGAUACACUUCAGCCAGGAUCUAAUUUGGUCGCCGCAGGAUACUGUCUCUACUCAUCAGCGACUUCCUUUGUCUUCACAUUAGGGAGUGGCGUAUAUGGCUUUACCUUGGACGAGUCUAUCGGCGAAUUUGUUUUAACUCAUGCAGAUAUGAAGAUUCCUACGAGAGGAAAGAUAUAUUCUUUCAAUGAAGCCAACCGCUGGGACUGGGAUGCGCCUCUCCAAAAAUAUGUUACAGAUAUUCAAAAAGGUUUGGUAAGUUCAACUAUUCACAGCUCAUAGAAGAAAAAUCAUCCGCACAUCACCACCACUGUGUUGCUUUAGCUUGCACUCGUUGAAGAGCCAAGAAACACAUCGUUACAUACGGUUGCUCGUUCAAAAUUUCUUCCACAAACCAUCUACCAUCGUACUAACAUUGCGGCUUUCGGUGCACUAACUUUUUGGGUAACAGGGGGACAUGAAAUGUCGCUACGCUAGCCGUUAUAUUGGUUCCAUGGUUGGUGACGUUCACCGGACCUUACAAUACGGAGGAAUCUUUGGAUAUCCAGCAGAUGUAAAAAAUCCAGACGGCAAGCUUCGAUUACUUUAUGAGGCGGCACCGAUGGCCUUUUUAUUGGAACAGGUGAGAGCCAGUCGUUUUGCAACUACACCUGUUAUUGAAAUACUGGCACUAAUUUUUUUUUGCAAUAAUGUAUUAGGCGGGUGGUUUGGCUCUCACUGGAAAGAAUAGAAUAAUGGAUAUUCCUCCCACUAGUGUCCACCAGCGUGUUCCAUGCAUACUAGGAAGUCGAGAGGAUGUUCUAGAAAUGAGGAGGUAUUAUGUGGAAAGCAAUGAUCCGGAAUUGAUCAACCGUUGUAAAGCACGAUUGCAAGGCGCACGUGCACUGGAAGAGAACGAAGUCGAAGGGUCUUCAUUUCUGGGAAUUCACAACGAGGAUAAGGAUACAAAUGCAGAAGAAGCAACAAGUGGGGAGUUUGGAGCAGCACAAUAAGGGUGGAAAUGAUCUCGUUGGAUGAUGACGACGAUACUCAUCCUGUAGUCAGACAAAGGGAUUGCGAAUUCGAGGCAUUGAUUCAUCACAAUAUACUUCGUAUUAGAAUCUCAAGCUACUUAGUCAAAAGAAUUCUUGAAGGUAUUUCAGUGUUGACUCUAGAAUAAGACACUAGUAUUAACUUGGAUGUACCAUACGGUGCAGUUCACACUAUUGAUCUUGCUAAACAGUUUCAGACAAAUGAAUGUUUCCCAUCAUU